AUGACUGGAGGGUUCACCGUAGCUCCGUCCUUUGCUCUCCAGUUCCACAAGAUGGGUUCAUUCAGAAGGCCCCGACCUCGCUUCAUGAGCUCCCCAGUCCUCAGUGACCUGCCACGGUUCCAGGCAGCCCGGCAGGCUCUGCAACUCAGCUCUAACUCUGCCUGGAACAGUGUUCAAACAGCAGUGAUAAAUGUAUUCAAAGGGGGAGGCUUGCAGAACAAUGAACUUUACACCCUAAAUGAAAAUAUCAG